GGGAACUCACUUUGUCUUUGAAGGGCUCAGCUCUGUUCUGUGCAGGUUUUUUUUUCCAGGGUGGAGGGGAAAAUGGAAAUUUCAAUUAGAGUCAAUUAGUGAAAAAGUGUUCCUAGUUGGUAACCUGGUAUUGGCAUUGAUAUUUUCAUCUCAUUUGCUGGCAUCAGCACAGUGCUAGCCUCAGGGGAGUAGAGGAAGAGGGAGAUGCAGGAAUAGGAAGUGCACUGAGUGUCAACAUUAGACUUCUGCCUGGAUGAAUGCUGAUUUGUAAACUUAUGAAGAGGACCUUGAAGUGCCCUUCUGCAGUGAAAGCCUAAAAUACCACCUUGCAACUACAGAACAUCUCUGCACAUGAAUGAGAAGCAUCUGAAUAUAUAGUGGGACAGGUUACUUGUAUGAACAAUUCUAAAGCUGUGGGAUAGUGAAUGCUGUGGAAAUGAACUGUCUCAGUGGAUGUGACUAUUUGACUUUGGGGAAAAGUGCAUAAGGUUGUUUUAAAAAAAGAGGUGUUGUUUAACAGGGGGGGUUUUCUGAAGGAUUUUUCUGCUAAUCUGACCUACGUAAGUGAGAAAACUUUUUUAUGAAGAUAAGAAAACAGAGAAUGUAUUCAUAAUCAAGGUGUUAUACUUUCAUAGCUAAGGUGUGAAACGUUCUUGGAGUGGAAAGAAUUUUGUAGCUUCAGCUAGAAAUUAUCUUGGCAUUUUCUGUCAGUAGGGCAGAAUUGCAAGAGUUUAUUAAUCUUCUCUAUUGUAAGAAUGCAGCUUGAUUUUUUCCUGAGGAAAAGCACAAACAAUACAAAUAAAUGACCUGCACCUGUUUCCAUUUCUUCAAACUUCUAUUACUUUUUCCAUCCCUUUUUGAUAGUACUUGAAUGUCCCCAGGAUUGGGAGUAUUCCAGGAGAAUUUUGUUCUGCAGUACAGUUGGCAUUAAAAAGGAGCAUCUUUUCAAUGUGAUUUAAGAGUGCAAUUCUGAAGAGCACUAACUUUUAUUUUUGGUGAAUAAUUUUGUGAAGAUUAAGAAAUACAUCCAUGUCUCUACACGGACUUUUAAGGGAAGGACAAGAAGGUCAUUCCAGGAUCCUAACAAGAUUCAGCCAAAUCCUUCACAAUGUCUCAUCCACAGUACUUCGUUCCAUUCCAAAGAGACGCUCUCGAAAUAACCCACGUCAAGCAUGGUCUGAUGAAAUCAUGCAUCAGGAUAUCGCUCCCCUCUGUGCUGCAGAUAUUGAGGACCAGUUAAAGAAACAAUUUGCCUACCUGUCAGGUGGACGAGGGGAAGAUGGUAGCCCUGUUAUCACAUUUCCAGACUACCCAGCUUUCAGUGAGAUCCCAGAGAGAGAGUUUCAAAAUGUUCUGACCUAUCUCACAAGCAUUCCAAGCUUGCGAGAUGCUGGAAUUGGAUUUAUCCUUGUCAUAGAUCGUAGGCAAGACAAAUGGACCUCAGUGAAAGCCUCGAUCCUGCGAAUAGCGGCAUCUUUCCCAGGAAACCUGCAGCUAGUCCUUGUUCUACGCCCAACAGGAUUUUUCCACCGAACUCUCACCGACCUUGCCUUCAGAUUCAACAGAGAUGAAUUUAAAAUGAAGGUACCUAUCAUAAUGUUGGGCUCAGUAACAGAACUUCAGCGUUACGUUAGUAAAUCGCAGCUAACAGAAGACCUCGGUGGCAGUCUAAAUUAUUCCCAUAGCAGGUGGCUGUCUCAUCGCACUGCUAUAGAAAAUUUCGCCCUAAUGGUUAAGGAAACAGCUCAAACCCUUCAGUCCUUUGGGACUGAACUGGCUGAGACAGAACUGCCAAAUGAGGUGCAGUCAACCAGCAUCCUUCUUGCCACACACACAGAAAAGAAGGAUAAAAUGAAGGAAGACAUGAGAUUAGCAAUAGAACAGGGACAUGAUAUCCUUGCAAGUAUCACAGAGCCAAUGACUGAAAACCCUGACUACCAACUGAACCAAGAUCAGCUUGACAAUCAAACCACAGUGGAAAGGCUUCUGGCUCAGUUAAAUGAAACUGAGACUGCCUUUGAUGAAUUUUGGGCUAAACAUCAGCAAAAACUCGAGCAGUGUCUUCAACUUCGUCAUUUUGAACAGAAUUUUAGAGAGGUCAGAGCAGCUUUAGAUAUUGUGUCCGAAAGGCUAUCUGCUUUCACAGAUGUGGGAAACAGUUGCUCACAUGUGGAGCACAUCCUGAAGGACCUUGCUAGCUUUGAAGAAAAAUCACAUGAAACUGUAGAAAAAGCCAGAGUGCUUGUCUCUGAAGGAGACCGGUUUAUUCAAAGCGAGCAUUAUGCUGUGGACUCCAUUCUUCCAAAGUGCAAUGAACUCCAGCAUCUCUGUGAUGCAUUUACUACAGAGACAGACAAGAGGAAAAAUCUACUCAACAAAUCUCUGGAACUACAUAGCCUAUUAGAAAAGUCUAUGAAGUGGUGCAAUGAUGGAAUCUACUUGCUGGCUUCACAGCCUGUGGACAAAUGCCAGUCCCAGGAUGGUGCAGAAUCAGCUUUACAGGAGAUUGAGAAAUUCCUGGACACUGGUGCCGACAACAAAAUUGAAGAACUGAAUAAAAUAUGCAAAGAAUAUGAAACCAUCCUUAACCAGGAGUUAAUGGAGCAUGUGCAGAAAGUUUUUCAGAAGCAGGAGAGCAUGGAAGAAAUGUUUCAAAAGAGACAAGUGAGCCUUAAGAAACUGGCAGCUAAACAGACCCGUCCAGUUCAGCCAGUGGCACCUAGACCUGAGGCCUUUGUAAAAUCACCUUGUACCUCGCCAGGUCUUCGAAGAGACUAUGUAACCAGCCCAGAAAGUAAUAUGAUUCCAAGAACGAACUACCGAAGAACAAAAAGUGAAAUGAGUGAAAUGCAACAAAGCAGAAGUGGAUCAGUGAUGGAUGAUGAAGAAAACCUAGCUGUGUUACGGAGGCAUGUAAUUAAUGAACUUAUUGAAACAGAACGAGCAUAUGUGGAUGAGCUUCUAUGUGUUCUUGAGGGGUAUGCUGCUGAGAUGGACAACCCCUUAAUGAUGCAUCUUAUGUCACCAGGACUCCAAAAUAAGAAGGAUAUUUUGUUUGGGAACAUGGAGGAAAUUUAUCACUUUCACAACAGAAUAUUUGUGAGAGAACUGGAAAAUUACAUCGAAUACCCUGAGCUGGUUGGAAGAUGUUUUCUGGAAAGGAUGGAAGAUUUCCAGAUUUAUGAAAAAUAUUGUCAAAACAAGCCCCGAUCUGAAAGUUUGUGGAGGCAGUUUUCAGACUCAGUAUUUUUUCAGGAAUGUCAAAGGAAACUUGAUCACAAGCUGAGUUUGGAUUCAUACUUACUGAAGCCUGUUCAAAGAAUAACCAAAUAUCAGUUACUUCUAAAGGAAAUGCUGAAAUACAGUAAAAACUGUGAAGGUGCUGAAGAUCUGCAGGAGGCAUUAACCUCCAUACUAGGUAUUCUCAAAGCAGUCAAUGACUCCAUGCACCAGAUUGCCAUUACUGGCUAUGAUGGAAACCUCAAUGAACUGGGUAAGCUGUUAAUGCAGGGAUCUUUCAGCGUAUGGACCGAUCACAAAAAGGGCCACUCAAAGGUGAAGGAUUUGGCACGAUUCAAGCCAAUGCAACGACACCUGUUCCUCCAUGAGAAGGCAGUGUUGUUCUGCAAAAAGCGAGAAGAAAAUGGAGAGGGAUAUGAAAAGGCACCUUCCUACAGUUAUAAACAUUCCUUGAAUAUGACAGCUGUUGGCAUAACAGAGAAUGUUAAAGGUGAUGCAAAGAAAUUUGAAAUCUGGUAUAAUGCCAGGGAAGAAGUUUACAUCAUACAGGCACCCACUCUUGAAAUUAAAGCUACCUGGGUAAAGGAAAUUAGGAAAGUGCUAACUAGUCAACUGCAGGCAUACAGAGAAGCUAGUCAACACAGAACAUUAGAACAGACGCACAGUUUACCUCUUCCUGCUUCAUCUUGUACAAGUCCUUCAAGGAAUCAGACAAGAAACCUCAAAAAACUAGAAGAAAGGAAAACUUAUCCUACGAGUCCAGAAGGUUAUAUCUUGCCAAAGUAUCCUGAGAAAGGCAAAGAAACUUCAACUCCUACUGCUAAAAGCCAGACAUUGCCAAUGAUCCUUCUAACAGGACCAGCUUCACCUACCAGCCCUGACAAAAAAGCUAAGCGGCAUGAAGUAAAGAGUGAUCCAACUCCUGUUGGUUUAAGAGGUUGGAGUAAAACAUCUCAUUCACUUGAUGCUUCUGAAGAAAAUGAUGGCUGGUCUAGUGCUGAAGACCCACUUAAUUCAUCAGAUGCAGAAGAAGAAGUUGUAGGAGGGGGAGGAGAGAUGAAACUGACUCCUGGUAAAUACACUGUUGUGACUGACUAUGACAAAGGAAGCUCUGAAAGUUUUACAGUGAAAAGUGGUGAUGCUGUUCAGCUGAUCCGUGAAGGGGAAGAUAGACUUUGGUAUGUAAAGAAUCUGACUAGCGGUAGGGAAGGUUGGGUCCCAGCCAACAAUCUAUUGAUGCUCAUAGGCAACUCAAAAUCUGCACAGUCUCUAAGCAGCUCUGAAUCAGGCACUGCUUCCAGUAUUUUGAGCUCAUCAUCAAGUUGCAGUGAUAGUUGCAAUGUUAGUAGCACCAGCUUUUCGGACCUUAAGGGCUAAUGUUAAAAUUUCAUCGAACCUCCUGUGAACUUUCAGUAUCCUGUGCAGACUUCUGAGUAUUGGGGAACCAGCGUGCGUGUCCCUGUUGUAUGUUUUAAAUGGUGGCUUACAAAGCAUCCCUAGGAAGAUCUCACUGGAAAGUAUGUGGAGUGUGAAUACUAUAAAUGAAACAAAAAAAUGAUUGGAAAAAGGCUCUUCAAGAAGCUUCUCAUUUGAAGCCUGAAUCUCAACAGUUACUAGCACAACACACCUUUUCCCAAGUCAAAUUUCUACGGAGAAACAUUGUUUUGCAACUAUCAGAAACAAAACAAUAGAAAUGUGUUCAGUGGCAAAUACUAUUGUAAAGUAAUAAAUUGGUAAUCACUGUUUUAUAUACAAGUUAGGAUAAUAAAUCUAGAGUUUACUAUUCAUUCUCAAUCCUUCCUUUAAAUACAGUUCUGAGUUAAUGCAGUGCAGGAGUAGUUUUUCUAGUAACCGGGAAUUAAAUUUUGGCCUAGCUGUUCUCGUGUUGUCUUGCAUUUUAACACCAUGUAUUCUGCAGUAAAAUACUUUCCAGCUAUGCUGCAAAAUAAAUGGACUACCCCGAUUUAUAAAAGUAUCAAAAGAGAAGACCAUUUUAUCUUUUCCAACUUUUAAAACUGUGCAAUGGCUAUUUUUAGGUAUUUUGGUCUCUUAAAUUCUUUACAAGAAUCACUGUGUUCACAUAACAUUAGUAAUUUAAUAGCAUGUUUGAAACCAAAAUUAUUUGUUGGCAUUAGGGUGCACAUUGAAACUUAACAUGUUUAUAUUAGUUAAGCAAUUUCUAAAUGGUCUGUAGUGCAAUGCAGUGCCUGCAGCUCUAACAGUUAGAAGAUGGUUACAAGCAAAGAAAACUUGCAGAUGAACUAUGUAGUUGGGGUCUUCCUUCUGCUUGAAGACAUACUGUGAGGGCUAGAAACCUGGAAUUUUUAGUUGAUGAUGUUUGUAGAUAUACUUAAAAGGACAGAAAAUAUAAACUCAUAACCUUUUCUAUAAAGGGGGACAGAAGAGGGUGGAAAACUUCUUUAUUAAAAUACUGAACUGUGUUAAUGACAAAUAUUUUAAUUAUUUUUUUAAAGAGGGGGAAAUCAUAAACAUGCAGUUUUACAGAUGUGAUGUAAACCAAUGCCGUAAGCUAUCACUCCAUAGGGUAUCCUUUACAAUUCAGCCUUACAAAUGCAAACAAUAUAUAAACUUAUGUAUAUGCUGCACUGAAUACUUCAAUCCAAUCCUUGAUAUAUUUUUUACUUUAUACUAAGAUACCAUUUUCUCUCUGGUCCAUGUCUUGUAUUUAAAAUAACCUCAGACAUUAAGGGCUUGAGUCUCUGAAACUCUGAGCACAGCAAGCUACUAUUGAAAUUAGUGGCAGCUGCUAGUUGUCAGCACGUGAAAAUCAGGCCAUAAAAGUUUAUCUCAAUGCCCAGAAUUUAGAUUAGAGCUGGAAGUGCAAAUAAUGAAAAGAGAACUGCCUCAAAAGAAGCAUCUUUAGUGUUCCAGAAAUGAAUCCUUUUCCACUUACAGUCAAAUGUACUGACUCCAGUCAGUGCAAAUUCGUGUGUGUGUGUGUGUGUGUGUGUCUGUGUAUAUAUGUAUCAAUGUAAAGGAUUUAUUUAUAGCCUUCAUGUUGAUGGAAAUGUCACUUUACAAUGCAUAAAUACGUUUCUUGUAAUAUUGCAAUAUUAAAAUUGUUCAGGGUUUUUACUUUAUAUAUCAUUUCCAACAGCCUGUUCCUUUUUUAAAAAUUAUCCUAUAUAAUACUGUACUGGCUUGGAAUGUUCAGCCUGAUACGUGAUAAUGAAAUGGCAGUGUGUAGACAUUUGGGGUUUUUGUCCUGUUUGUAAGUUAUUUUGUAAAUUAUCUGUAACAUAACCUACCUACAUAUCUUACUCCAAAGCUGUCUGAGAGUGAGACUGUGUCCUUUCAUCUGUCUCCUGACUGCGUCAUUUGCAUUAUUUUGGUGAUCUUACACACAUCACUGCACUUUAAUACAGCACAUUUCACUGUUUCUUUUUUGGUGUUUUUGUUUUUUUACUACAGCUGUAAAUCAAGAAGUAUAAAAUCAGAGGUCUUUAUUGUAUGACAAUUUUGAUGAAUAAAUUUCAGCAUUUCUUGCUGGAUAUCCUCAAUCUA